GUGUUGUGUUAUAAUAACAUGCAGCAUUUUAAACGAUUGGAUUAAACGAAUCAAUUAAAUGUAGUACUAUGAAGAAAUAGGUUUGAGACGGGUCUCGUAAAGGUGAAAUGUUAGUUUUGCAAUGUGUAUCACGAUGCACACGAGUUAAGAGGGACACAAAUAGCAUGUUAGUUGAACUGAUUACGUUUCGAAUUAUUUAAAAGUAUGCAACGUCCUGUUCUAGUUGUGUCGGUAAAUGGUUCAUUUGCUAAUGAUGGUGUAGCCAGUGUUUAGUGUCCGUAGCUGGAGGGUGACAUGUGGUGAGCCUUCCCGGGUUUCCCCUAUGAAGUUGUUGGUUGUUUAUGAACAUGAAGCAGCUGCCUCCGGAAACCGUCCGUUUACUUACAAGUUCCCAAGUGAUCACCUCUGUGCUGAAUGUAGUGAAAGAGUUAGUGGAGAAUUCAUUGGAUGCCGGUGCAUCAAGCAUUGAAGUGAAACUGGAUAAUUAUGGUUUUGACCGAAUUGAGGUGAGAGACAAUGGCAUUGGAAUUGAAGCAGCUGAUGCACCUGUUAUGGCUGUUAAACACUACACUUCAAAAAUCAGUAGCCAUGAUGACUUGGAAUCCUUAGAGACUUAUGGAUUCCGCGGUGAAGCAUUGGGAGCCCUAUGCGCUGUGUCUGAGGUAAUAAUUAUUACAAAGACUGCCUCUGAUGACGUUAGUACUCAGUACACCUUAGACUUUACUGGAAAUGUAGUCUCUCAAAAGCCUUCUCAUCUGGGUCAAGGAACAACUGUGACAGUGCUAAAGCUUUUUAAGAAUCUGCCUGUGAGGAAACAGUUUUACUCUACUGCCAAAAAGUGUAAAGAGGAGUUGAAAAAGGUUCAGGAUCUCCUAAUGGCAUAUGCCAUAAUAAAACCGGAGCUGAGAAUGAUAUUUACACACAACAAGGCAAUUGUUUGGCAGAAAGCCAGGGUGUCGGAUCACAAAAUGGCCCUCAUGUCCGUGCUAGGAACUGCCUUGAUGAGCAGCAUGCUACCUUUCCAACACCAUCAGGUGGAUCCAGAGGUUACUCUUAAUGGAUUUCUUCCAAAACCAGGUUCUGACAACACUUUGACAAGCUCAAGUAGCUCUGACAAAACCUUUGUUUUUGUGAAUCAAAGACCCGUUCAUCUAAAAGAAGUAAUGAAGCUGGUCCGACAGUACUAUAGCUCGCAAUCCUGCCGACAAUCUGCACAUUCCCGGUGUCCUGUGUUGUUUAUGAACAUUGUUGUUCCUGCUGCUUCAGUUGACAUUAACCUCACACCUGAUAAAACACAAGUAAUGCUUCAGAACAAGGAAAACAUUUUAUCUGCUGUUGAGACCAUCUUAAUUUCAGUGUAUGGUGCACUGCCUGGUUCAGUGCCUAAAGAUGUCAGCAAAAGAGAUGUUCCUAUGUCUGUGAAUGAAACCGAUUCACCUGACAGCAGGGUCCUCACAGGUGACACUUCAUUACUAACGCUAAAUACUGGGAACGAAAACACCAGUGUCCUACUUUCUGAGCCGCCAGUAUCGUUUGACAAAACCAUGCCAACCGAGCCACUGGAGAGCACAUCAUCAGAAGGCAACUGCCAAAUCAUCAAGAACGCCUGCGAGUUUGGUGUGACUUUCACACUUGAUGAUGAGAGGAUCCUUAUGGACACCCAGCAGGGAAAUGGGUUAAAAAGUGCAGGUGAAAACGGCCUGCAGAAGAACCCAGGAGUUGUGAUGGACACAAAGGCUGAUGGUACUAAAGACUCCUCUGAAAUGACUGCCGAAAGCUGGAGCAUGGGUCACGCAUUGAAAGAUUCCAGCACAGGAGAGAAGCUAGAACCUGUGAAAGUCUUUGUGCCUCAUGAAAAGACAUUUGCAAACCAGAAUGAAAUCAACCUGCAGAGUUCAGAUUCAAGUCAGAACAAGAGCCCAUGCAAAAAGCUGUCCAACGCAGUGACUGAGAAAAUGGCAAAGGUUACAGCCUACGACUUGAUCAGCAACCGAACUGUAAGGCAGCCGAUGUCCGCCAGUGCAAUAUUCGAGCAAGAAAUACGACCAAGGAUCCUAGAAGAGAAUCCAAAGGCCAGUCUGCAGGAGAUUAUCAGCAGUGUUGAAGAUAUGUGGAAAAAUCUGAGCGAAGAGGAGCAAAAGAAGUAUGAGGACAAGGCUGAAAAGGACAUGGACCGAUAUAAAUUACAGACCAAGAAAGCAUCAGAGCAAAACAUUGACAGAUUUUCAAAAGGAGUAGAAAAACGUCCUAAACUGGCUUUGGCACGUAGUAAGCUUGAAAUCCAAAAGCGCAAGGCUCCUCUUUCAAACCAGCAAAUAAUCGACAAGCUUUUUCAGUCCCAGAAAGAAAAGAAAUCCAACUCGGAGAAAGUGUUUAAAGCUGUACCUUUUUCUGUGAAUUCAUUAAAGCUCAGGCUUAGACUCCUUUCAGAACAGUGCCAUCAAAAAUCAGAAGGCCUUCAACUUGUCAACCGGCUGGGUUCGCACAGUGCAUGGGUUGUUUUAUCUGGAAGAAAACUCAUGUUGUUAAAUCCAUCUCGGGUAGAAGAAGCCUUGUUGUUUAAAAGGCUUAUGGAGACCAAUAUACUUCCAGCGGAGUGCCUGGACACACCUAUAAAGUUAACAGAUGGUGUGCUUGGAGGGCCGCAGUAUACAGAUGCGCUGUGCAGCAUGGAAAAGGAAGGCCCAACGUUGAACGGAGUGACCUACUUUUCAGACCCAAGGCUUGUGUCAAACGGGUUUAAAGUCAGACUCAUCCCAGGUGGCUCAACCGCUGAAAGACACUUGGAAGUUGCGGGGAUGUCUGACUGUGUGCCUUACUACAGUACAUCGGAUUUAAAGGAAAUUUUAAAUGCUGUUUUGAACAGAAACGCAAAAAGCGUGCAACAGUGCAGACCGCUUAAAGUAAAAAAUUACCUUCAGGGAGAAGCUGUUCGUCUGGCACGCCAGUUACCACUGACCUUCUCAAGAGAAGAUAUUGAAGAUACCAUCUCCAGAAUGAAAGAGCAGCUUGGAAAUGACAGCCAGAGCUGUACACAUGGGCGCCCAUUUUUCCAUUUGUUGAGAGAGAUUCCAGAAAAAGAGGACUAGGCUGUUCAGGAAAUAUUAGAAAUAAGAAAUAAGCAUGUCCUUGAUUCUGUGAGAAACUUUUUGUAACAUUUUACAAUUAGUUAGCAGCUUCCAAGAAUUUAUAGUACCUCUUUAAUCAUCUUCUGAGGUUUAGACCACUUAAAAAUAGAGCCCUGUAGCCCUAACUAUUUCUGUUUCUGAAUGGGUAUCAGGAGCAGAGCUGAAAGUCGUCCCACAGCUACAUAGUUUUAGUGGUUUUAAAUACUUAAAUGGGGCAAGUAUUUUUCUUGUCAGAGUUUAUAUUAUAGCACACAGUAUAGUCCCAGAACAAAUUGUCAGAAACAAAGCACUUUGUAUUUACAAUUAAUGUUGUAUGUUAAUGUUCUAGGUGACUAUGGCAUGUUGUAAAUAAAGACAGAAAGAAAGA